AGCGCGAAAGCCUUACGGGAAAGUUGUCAUAAGGGCGAAGAAGAAAACCCUUAUAUUUUUCGUGGAAAAGUGAACUUUGAUUAUAAUGUUGCCGCGUUGCCUUUGAAGUGGGGUGAACAAUAACUGAGCCACCAGAAUGUAUGGAAUGUUAUUAGAAAGCGUUCAACAUUUUAUAAUAGCGGAAUGUGGACAAGAAAUAUGGGACACUAUACAACGAGAGGCGGGCGCCAGGAAUACCGUGUUUAUGACGAGACAGCAAUAUCCGGAUACUCUAAUGUUUCGUCUGGCGUCAGCAUUAACGAGAUUACUGAUGAUGGAUUCAAACACUAUUGGACCCAUACCCAACAGUCCCGUGCCGAAAAAACCAUCCAUCAAGUCCAAAUCAAACUGGAGGAGUGCAUCAGUCCACGGCGAUAACAGAGGCCAACAUUUCAAAUGUCCAUUCACAUCCACUAAUGCUUUGACUGCUGUUACUAAAAAACAGAUUGACGCUUACACAUCCUCAGAGGAAAUAAGAUCACCAACUAGCACUAUGUCUCCUGAGAGGAUUAAGGAAGACGAAUUGACUGCAACGUGUCCUAGAGACAGAAGGAGUUUGGGUAUACACUUGGAACGUAUAAAAGACAGAAAAAUGUCAGCAGAUGAACUAAUCCCAGAAACGGAUAACGUGGAUACAGAGCCUGAAUGCAAAAAGGAAUCGACAUCUCCGAGUGAACCAGAAAGUUCAAAAGAAGUUAAAUGUAUCAAAGAAUCUAAAUCUACCAAAGAACCAGAAUGUGCAAAAGAACCUAAACCUGCAAAAGAGUCUAAAUGUACUGAACCUGGAUGUUCCAAUAGUUCGCCAGUCCAGGAAAACACCAGAAGGAGUUCUUUGAAACCUUCUCUGAGAAAAACCAGCUGCACAGUGGAUAUCUACCAACGUCGUGGAUCUGGAAAUGUUCGACCGAGACUAAACAGUCUUAGUACUGUAAACACAGAGAAACUGAAUACAUUGAGAGAAAAGUUUAGCACGCCUGAUAAAGUCAUGCAUUUUUUCGGAAGGUGCUUUGUGAAGUUCUUUUCUAAUUAUGGCUACGACACCAUGAUCCGCGCAACCGGCAGAUACUUCUGCACCUUCCUGCAGUCAGUGGACAGCAUACACCAGCGGAUGAGUUACACCUUCCCACGGAUGCGGUCGCCGAGCAUGCAGUUGACUCGCGCGCACAUACACGGCGCUGAGCUGGUGUACAGCAGUGGGAGGGUCGGCUUCACUCACUAUUUAAUGGGUCAGCUGUAUGAGAUAGCAGAAGAUAUAUUCUCUCUGAAGCUGAAAGUAACCAUCGUCAAGGAGAGCAUGGAGGGCGCUUACUACGUCGCCGUGUUGAGACUCGAAUUCGACAACAGCGAUUACGUCCAAUCGCUCAUGGUCCGCAAGUCACUGCCGUGUCUCUUGCCGCCGGUGCCGACUUCUCUUCUAGUGCAGCUUUUCCCCUUCGGCGUUUUACUUGACAGGAAAAUGAAAAUACUGAUGGCGGGCGAGAAGCUUGUUGAAGCGUGGGGAGGCCCAAUCAGUGAAAUAGAAAAAAUAUCCAUCAACGAGAUUCUUCGAUUGAGGAAACCUAAAGUUUCUUUUACCUGGGAUAAGGUGGUAUGCAUGCAGACGAUAGUGUUCGAGUUGGAGCUGAUGCGUUGGCGUACCAAAUUAGCCAACGAGUCCCGCCGCGGCUCGCAGGGCGCGAGAGCGAUCCUACUGAAAGGGCCGAUCUACUUCCUAGAGGAGAUUGAUGCUCUUGCGUUUUUGUGUAGCCCUAUUUUCAACGACCUCGAUGAACUCCGUCAAGCGGGCCUCUAUUUAGCUGAUAUGAAUGGACAUGGCCGCUCGAAAGAGUUGUUGCUGCAAGGCUGGCAGCAUCUCUCACGUCUAGAGCUGCUCUUCGAUAAAGCAGAGACCAGGAGUCUUUCUUUGGAAAAAUCUUGCAGGCUGCUGGACGAAUGGAAGAAGAAGGGGGAUCAGCUUCUCUAUUCCAUGAUACCGAGGGGCAUUGCGGCACAGUUGCGAGCGGGAAAAAGUGCAACUGCAGAGUGCUGGCAAAAGAAAUUUGACUGCGUCAGCAUAAUGUUCUGCGGCAUCCAACUGGCAGACGCAACGACGCGCGCCGACGUGAUGCAGACCGUUAGCUACAUGAACGAUGUGUACUCCAGGAUCGACCGCAUGCUGGAUAGCCAUCGUGUCUAUAAGGUGGAGACAGUGGGCACAGUAUAUAUGGUGGUAUCGGGAGCACCAGAAAAGACGCGCGCGCACGCUAAGGAAAUAGCCAGUGCGGCGCUCGCGGUGUCGUGCUCUCUGCCCAUGCUGACUAUUGGUAUUCACUCGGGUCCCUGCCAAGCCGCCGUGCUGGGUUUCCGACAGCCUCGCUACUGUUUAGUGGGGGACACCGUCAACACAGCCAGCCGAAUGCAAACCACAAGCGAGCCUGGACGCAUACAGAUUUCUGCUCAGACGAAAGCUGAACUACCGCCAGGAAAAUUCAGACUUAGACGAAGAGGUCUUAUCAAAGUUAAGGGCAAAGGCAUGAUGGAGACAUUUUGGUUGGAAGGUGAAAUUGAGGAAGACGAUCCGGAAGAAGCUCUACAAUUAUUCUCCGCUAUUUGCGGUGAAGAUUAGGCACCGACACAUGAACACAGAACUUCUGGAGGCUUCAGGAAAAGAACGAUUGAUAAUGAUAUGAUUAUCUUCGCGACAUUCUAUCUAAAGUUGUUUUCUGAAACUUGACAAAGCAAAUGGUAUGAGCAAUUUACCAUAAGUGACAUAAUUGCAUAUAUGUUAUCUGUCUGUCUGUUAGCAAUAAACUCAAAGACUAUAUACCGAAUUUUCAUUCGGUUUUCACCUUGAUGAAUUUAAGAGGAACGAAAAAAUCAAGCCGCCUCAACAAAAACAUACAUGGAAUAUUUGUCUUUCUUGUACUAGAUCUACUAGUCCAUGAUGACAUUAUCUAUCUUUUAGGAUAAUUUACUGUACCCACUUUAAUAUUUAAUUUUUUUUUCUCGCAGACAAAGUGGCAGGCGUCCUCUAGUUCUAUUUAAAGUAGGUUCAAAUACUUAGUAGGUGUAUAAUUAAACAAAAAACAUAUUAUAAUACUAAAUAAUAAUUUAAUAUCAACAGGCGAAUUAAAUUCGUAUUUAUGUCAUUAAUAUAACAGGAUUCACAAUAUUGUAUUUUGUAUUAUAUUAUUUUAAAAUAUUUACAAUAACCUAAUAAAACGAUUUAAAACAAUAAUAGUGCGAAA